AUGGCAAACCGCCUCACCCGCAUGUUCUCAAAUUCCGGAAAGUCGUCACAAAAAGACUUUAAAGAGACAAAAGAGCUGGAAUCGGCUCGUGAUUCCUCGGAUAGCAGUACAGAAAGCAUUAAGGGUUCUACCAAUGGCAGUGCCAAGCAAUCGAGACCCACGUCCAGACCAUCAUCCCGGGCUCCUUCCCGACAAACAUCUAUGAAAGGCGAUAACGACAAGGAAAAGAAGACCAAGUCUACAAAUCCAAAGGAACAGAAAGAAGGCUGCGUUGUACACAAGCGAUUCGAGGUGUUUCCCGAUGGCUCACACUGUCACCAUCUUAAGAGUGCAAGACGGCAGGAAAAGCUAACCGACCUUCUGAGAGACAUGCUAGGCGGUGGUAGCAGAAAGAAAGAAGAUCAUGUAGAUGAUCAGCAACUGUCGCUUAUGUCUACGUGGAUCGACCAAUUUAAGAAUGAACGUGAUAAGCUUGCCGCCGAUAGGAAGGGCGGCCCGAACGCCACGGCUUCACUUGUUGAUAAAUACGGUAAAUGCCAGGAGAUUGUCGGACGUGGCGCCUUUGGUAUUGUCCGGAUAUCCCACAAAGUGGACCCUAAAGAUUCACGAGUUGAGCAGCUUUAUGCCGUCAAAGAAUUUCGUCGUCGCCCACAGGAGACCGCCAAGAAAUACCAGAAACGGUUGACUUCUGAAUUCUGCAUCUCUUCAUCCCUUCGCCACCCCAAUGUCAUCCAUACGCUUGAUCUGUUGCAAGACGCCAAGGGCGAUUAUUGUGAGGUCAUGGAGUACUGUGCAGGCGGUGACCUGUACACACUUGUUCUAGCUGCAGGCAAACUGGAAGUUGCCGAAGCUGACUGCCUCUUUAAACAACUCAUGCGUGGCGUGGAAUACAUGCAUGAGAUGGGUGUUGCUCAUCGUGACCUUAAACCAGAGAAUCUCCUUCUGACCACCCAUGGCGCACUCAAGAUCACGGAUUUCGGGAACGGCGAAUGCUUCCGUAUGGCCUGGGAGAAGGAACCGCACAUGACCGCGGGUCUUUGCGGUUCCGCCCCCUACAUCGCGCCCGAGGAAUACGUGGAAAGAGAAUUUGACCCUAGAGCAGUCGAUGUUUGGGCCACAGGUGUCAUAUACAUGGCCAUGAGGACAGGAAGACAUCUAUGGAGGGUUGCCCGCAAGGAUGAGGACGAAUUCUACCAGCGGUAUCUGGAAGGCCGCAAGCACGAGGAUGGUUAUGCUCCUAUCGAGACUCUACAUCGGGUAAGAACUCAUGGAAACUAUAUUGGAAAAGCUCAAGAGUUGACAUCUUCUAAGGCUCGUUGCCGGAACGUGAUCUAUUCCAUCCUUGACCCCAACCCUUCUCGUCGUAUCAACGCCUCACAGGUCCUCAAAUCCGAAUGGGUUCGUGAGAUCAAGCUGUGUAAGGCUGGCGAGGAGGGAUUCUAA